GGUGUCAGCGAUCUAAUGUUUAGGAGCCCUAGCUUUAGAAAUUCAAACAGCUUGGCAGCAGUGUCAGUGUCACAUGAUAACGUCAACAUUGGCGGAUGAUGUCUGGAUCGCAUUCAUACUCAACGAGAUCAGGCUAUAUAGUACCUAUUCUUUUAGCUUUUUCUUUUUCUUUCUUUUUUUUGCUGUUGAUCAAAUUACUUUGUUAAAAGGAGCUAAAUUACAAUAUGUGUACUGCAAAUUACAUUUAAGCAUCAAGUAAAAGGACAUAUUAGUAGUGAAAUCCACUUGAUUUCAAGUGGAUAUUGACAAGAGAAAUGAAGCAGCACUUCUCCAUUAUGCACUGGCACGCUAUCACUAAAUAUAAACUCUCGAAGGAUUUCAUCACACAGUCUGUCAGAUCAGAGGAAACACAGGAGGGGCUUAGUGUUUAAGGUAAGCACUGUAACUAUAUAAUGAAAAGAAAGACUGUCAGAAACAGAAAAUGGCUGAUAAGUGUGAUCUGUGUCUGCUGGGACUGAUCGUUCUCUCUUCACUUCUCACAGGUACCAGUGGGGUGACUGAUCCUCAUAUGUUCAUUAGUUCUGGUGAAAAUGUCCGUCUGCCCUGUAAUAAUGCUCUUUCCAACUGCGAAUCAACUACAUGGAUCUAUAACAGAUUCAGACAUUCAGCAGCAGUUGAACUGAUUGGUUUAGGGAUAAAGAAGAAAGACACAGAGAGACAUGAGAGACUGAGUCUGGGGUCUGACUGCUCUCUGAACAUCAAGAACGUCACAGAAGAUGAUUAUGGAUUUUACACCUGCCGACAAUUUGUGAAUGACAAACAACAAGGAACGGAUGCACGUGUUUUUCUGCCUGUUCUUCAUGUUUCAGUCUCUCCAUCAUCAUCUUCACAGACUGAGAUCAGUCCAGGCUGCCCUGUGACUCUCUCCUGUCAGUUGUAUUCUAGAUUAUCCUGUGAUUAUUUGGUCCGUACUGAAGGACUUCAGCUGUUGUGGGUGAAUCAGGCUGGUGUUGAUCUGAAGACAGACUCCAGAUAUAAGAUAUUAUUCUCAUCAUAUCACUGUAACAUCAGUCUGACUACAACACUUCUGAAUGAAGAUGACAACAGAGAGUGGAGAUGUCAGCUUACUCUCAGAAAUCAACUCAAAACCUCAGUCAGAUACACUGUCAAGUAUUCAGGUCUCUGUUAGAUGGGCCAAUAUAAUGAUAGAUAUUGCUAGAGUUAUCUUGUGUAAAGAUGAUUCAAUGACAGGGGUAAUUCCAGUCCAUCAAUGCUUUAAAGUGGCUCUCAGAUAGUGUUUUCUUCUAAAAUCAGUCCCUAGAUAUAACUGAUUGCUCUCUGAUCAAUGCAGGAUGUGAAUCAAAGAAAUAGGCCUAAUUAUAUAGGUUCACAAAUAAAUAUUAAUGCGUGUAUUAUAUAUUAAUUUAAAAAGCAAAGUUUAAUAUUACUUGUCAAUUAAUAUAAUUAUAUGAAUAUAUUAUAUGAAUUAAAAGUAAUUAUAAUUGGUGACACUUUACAACAUAAGAUACAUAACAUAACAUUAGUUAACUACAUUAGUUAACAUGAACUAAUAAUGAACUGCACUUAUACAACAUCUAUUAAUCUUUGUUAAUGUUAAUUUCAUCAUUUACUAAUACAUUAUUAAAAUCUUGUUAACAUUAGUUAAUGCACUGUGAACUAACAUUAACAAACACUGAAGAACCAUAUUUUCAUUAACUAACAUUAACGAAGAUUAGUAAAUACAGUAACAAAUGUAUUGCUCAUGGUUAGUUCAUGUUAGUUAAUACAUUAACUAAUGUUUAACUAAUGAACCUUAUUGUAAAGUGUUACCUUAUAAUUCAUAUCAUAAAAAUAUAAUAAAGAAUUAGCAGCAAAAUUUGCAAUUUUGUCUCUAAUUUAUUUAUUAAUUUUCACUGCUAGAGGCCACUAGAAACCUAUUCAAAACAAAGGCGUAGCUUAAUGACGCCAAGUUUUAGAGCGGAAUCUUGGGACAUGUGGUCUCCACCUCAAUGGACGGUGGAAAAGAAUCGGGAUAGGACUCGGGAAGGAAUCAUGUUCAUGGAUGCGAUUAUUAACGUUACUGUAGUAUGAAGCAGAGCAGGACCGAGUGUUGUGGGAGCUGAACGAGGCCACUGGAGUGAUUGUGCAACACACGCUUCAGAUUCGCUGGAGAUUUUUUUUCUGAAGAACAGAGCUCAGUUUAACUGCUCAGAAUAAACAAGAGACUCAUGAACAACCAUCACAAAACAAACAAACAGUCGGAGAUCAUCCAGGUAACCACACACAGUAUUAAGAAUCAAUGGUUCACAUACUUUUGAACUGGGUCAUUUUAAUAAAUUCAGCUAA